AUGGAAUUCCUAGGGCAUAUCCUUCUUGUACUUCUAGUCAUUUUCCAUGUGCAUGGGGCAAAUGCCUUUGCCCAUGGAGUGUCCGCAAGGGCUCGUGGCUUGCACAAAAUUGACCGUGGUGAUGCCCCAUUAUCGCCAAGCUUUGGUAUAGAUGUACUCAACCGGAGCAGUUUCCCCAAAGGGUUCGUCUUUGGGGUUGCAACUUCUGCUUAUCAGGUUGAAGGUGCUUGGAACAUUGACGGAAAAGGUCCUAGCAAUUGGGAUAUUUUCACGCACAAAUUUCCAGGUAAAAUUGCAAAUGGCAGUAAUGGUGAUGUGGCAACAGACUCCUACCAUCGAUAUAAAGAUGAUAUCAAGCUCUUAAAGGAAAUGAAUGGAGAUUCUUAUCGCUUCUCAAUUGCAUGGAGUAGAGUAAUUCCUGAUGGCAAGACUAGCAAAGGAAUAAAUGAGAAAGGGAUUCAGUAUUACAAUAAGCUCAUAGACGAACUUCUGGCUAAUGGCUUAACACCAACUGUGACAAUUUUCCACUGGGACGUUCCCCAGGCUUUAGAAGAAGAGUACGGCGGUUUUUUGAGUCCUAAGAUUGUAAAAGAUUAUCGCGACUUUGCCAACUUAUGCUUUGAGAGGUUUGGUGAUCGAGUGAAACAUUGGAUCACAUUUAAUGAACCUUGGACCUUUAGUACAAUUGGUUAUGAAAGUGGUGCCUUUGCCCCUGGUCGAUGUUCUGCUUGGAAGAACAAUAAUUGCACAGGUGGAAAUUCAGGGACUGAACCCUACUUGGUGGCACACCACCAACUUUUGGCCCAUGCUGAUGUAGUCAAAUUAUACAAGACAAAGUAUCAGGCUCACCAAAAAGGAAAAAUUGGGAUUACACUGGUUAGUGACUGGUUUGUGCCAUUUUCCAAUUCAGCUCUUGAUCAACGAGCAGCCAUUCGCGCCCUUGAUUUCAUGUUUGGAUGGUUCAUGAAUCCUUUGGUCUAUGGUGAUUAUCCCCCUUCAAUGAGAAUUCUUGUUGGCAAUCGGCUUCCAAAAUUCAGACCUCAGCAAUCUAAGAAAUUGAUAGGAUCAUAUGAUUUUCUUGGCUUAAACUACUACACAGCUAAUUAUGCUGUCCAUCUUGCAUCUCCUCCAAAUAAGGUGAACGUAAGCUAUAGCACAGACGGGCAACUUAACGUAACAGCGUCGCGCAAUGGGCAACUUAUCGGUGUACAGGCUGGUUCAGAUUGGCUUCAUGUUUAUCCAAAAGGGCUUUGGGAUCUUCUUAUCUAUAUAAAAAGAAAAUAUAAGAACCCAAUCAUUUAUAUUACAGAAAAUGGGGUUGAUGAGAAAGACAAUCAAACAUUGACACUUAAGCAAGCUCUUAAAGACAACUUUAGAAUUCAAUAUUAUUAUCGUCACCUUCAAUUUCUUCGAAAAACAAUCAGCAAUGGCGUUAGAGUGAAGGGAUACUAUGGCUGGUCACUUAUUGACAAUUUUGAAUGGUCUGAUGCAUAUUCCGUCCGUUUUGGGAUCAAUUAUGUAGACUACAAAACCUUGCAAAGAUUUCGCAAACUUUCUUCUUAUUGGUUUGAGAGGUUCCUCCGCAAGUAA